AAACCAUAGCCUAAGCGCAACGCAAAGAGGGACGAAGGCGCGCAGGCAGCGGCAGCACGAGGGGGAGCCGCGGAGGCGGUGACAAUGGGGAGCAAGGCGAACGCCGCCGCGCCCGAGCGCGACGCCUAUAAAUAUGAAGGCCAGGGCCCCAUGAGCGCCCUGGCUCCCCCCACCGACCGUCUCGAUCCCCGUCGCCGCGGAUGACGAAGCCGGGGACGAGGUCGGUGGCCCGGUCCAUGGAGGCGGGGGCGGCGCGGAUCAACCCCGACGGCGCGGAGGGCACGUCGGGUUCGGCUGUCUCCAUCGCGCCGGACGUCUCCGAGGGUUCGCUGGAGCCGGGCGCUGCCGAAGUUUCCGGGGCGCCGGACGCCGGUGAAGUUUCGGAGGAGUCGGUCGCCGGUGAAGCUUCGGAGGAGUCGGACGCCGGUGAAGCUUCGGAGGAAGCGGCCAUGCCGUAUUUUCAGGAUAUCGAGCAGUACCUCCGGUAUCUCGAGGUUGAGGAAUCAAGGAGGCCAAUAAUUAGCUAUGGUCAGGAGAUAAAAGGAGACAUGCUGAGCAUUGGUAUGAGGGGGCGCAUAGUGAACUGGCUGGUGACUGCGUCUUAUGCGAUCGAACUUCUGGAUGAUACAGUUCAUCUUGCGGUUUCAUAUUUUGACCGCUUCCUUUCAAAAAGGGCCAUUAGCCAGGACAGGCUUCAACUUCUCUGCGUCACCGCAUUGUUUGUUGCUUCUAAGUAUGUUGAAAUUGACCAUCCUAAAGCAGCAACAUUCAGUGCCAUGACUAAAUACACUUACUCCAAGCAGCAGGUGGUGAAGAUGGAGGCGGACAUAUUGAUAUGUCUGAACUUUGAGAUGGGGACUCCCACUGUAAUAACUUUUGUACGGAUGUUCUUAACUUCUUGUUGUGAAGACAAUAGAUCAUUAAAUGCCAAAAAACUGAAGUCAAUGUGUAUCUAUCUUGCGGAACUAAGCUUAUUAGGUGAUUGCUCUAUAAAGUUUCGGCCAUCGGUUGUUGCUGCUGCCUGCCUGUUUGUAGCCAAGUUCACAAUCAACCCAAAGAUUCGUCCUUGGAGUUUGGCAGUUCAACGCAACACAGGCUACAAGGUCUCUGAUAUCAAAGGUUGCAUUGUUGACAUACAUAAUUUGCAAUCGGGAAGAAAGUUCGCCGUGACAGCCAUCAGAGACAAGUACAGGGUCGACAAGUUCCAGCGCGUGUCGACAAUUAUACCAAAAAAAAUCAAGGAGUCUUUCCUGAGGAAUAUCAAGUACGCGAACGGCUGAAGUGCUCUUGCAACACUUUGAAACCAGCAGCCUGCAGGUGGUGUGAAAAAUAGAAGGUCAGAGGAGCAUGUGUAUCUUCAGAUGCUCUUUUUGGUAGAUAGCCAGCAUCUCCGUUUCGUCGCAUUGACAGUAUCUGCAUUGGUAUUUCGGUAUCCUGUUCAUCUGAAGCGUUUCUGUACAGAGGUUUAGACUACGAUGGUACAUGAUAUAUAGUCAAUGCUAUUUCAUAUGUGAGUCUCCAGGAAUAUCCUAAUGCUUUUAACAUUAGCUCACCAUCUUUUGUUGAGAAUAUAUUGUGGAGUUGAGUAAUGACCGACGGGCUUAGCAAUAUUACACUUGUCAUCAGCAAGUAAAGUUGUCUGAAUAGCUUACCGUGAUAGUA